AUGGUGCAGCAGUCUGAAGACACAGAUAAGUUACCCUCAGAGAUAAUAUACAGUAAAUUCGUAGAAGGCACGGGAUGUCCGGUAGAGUAUGGAGGAAGAAAAUACAAAGAAGAAUGGGAGAGGGUGCUAAGGGGAGUAUUGCAAAAAAAGGGAAUUGAUGGAUCCAAUUUAGCUGUUGAAAUUGCCAGGACAUGGUGUAAUGUUUAUAUAAUGCGUUUGCCAGAGGAAGUGCCUGGCUAUGGCCCUUGGGAUGUCUUUUAUUUUUGGUUAGGUGACCAAAUAAGAGGGAAACUCAAUGGGAACAAUUUUUCAAAUGUCAUGGGGGCUAUGUACAAAGUACUGACGAAGGACGAAUGUAGGAGUAAGUGUAAGAACAUAUAUCCUGGUAUUAGGGAAGAACUUUUUCAGGAGGCUAAAAAACUGUUCGAAUAUUAUUUUGAUUACAAUUAUUUGAAUACUCAGAAAGGGAGUAAUAAAAAAUCUAUUUGUGGAAGAAUGAUGGCGAAAUUGGAAGAAGCUAAAUCUGCAUUUAGGGACAUUAGUAGUCUUUGCAAUAAUGCUGCUAGUGAUAGGUAUUGUAGAAUAUUUUGGGGGGAGAGCGUGGGGAAGGAACCAUAUAAGGAACCCGAGCCAUUAACCUGCCCCGAGGGAGAAGCUGAAAGUUUAGGUCCUGAAUCAAGACCUGGACCAGAUGGUAGACUAAAUUCGGAUAUAGACAUAUCAGGUCCUAAGGUCGAUAUAGAUGUUCCGGAUGUUAAUAUAGAAGGCCCGGAUGCUAAAUUAAAGGGUUCAGGAGCUGAGGUAUUGUGGCCUGACGUGAAAGAAGCUGCUGACGGAAAAAGUGGUAGUAUUGUUGGUUCUGUGUCUGGUGGAUUAGUUUCUGUAGCAUUACCAGCAAUUGGUUUCUAUUUAUACAAAUAUACUGAUGUAUUUGAUGGAAUAAAAAAAUCCCUCUUUGGUGGACUCAAUAAUAGAAAUAGGGGAAGAAGAUCUACUAUUCGACAUCAACACUUUGACGACACUUUCACAGGGAAUGAUUCUUCCACCCUGGGUGGUGAUGGUUCCACCACCCUCGGUGGUGGUGGUGGGGAAUCGUCCACCUUAGGUGGUAGCUCCACCGAUAUUUCUACCAUCUACGAUGAUGGACGACGUCAACCAACCGGAAGAACACGGACAGGAACAAAUAAUAGAAGACCAGGGAAUAUACGUUAUUAUGCCACGUAA